UUUUGGGGGAGAAGUAGGCAGAGGGAUGAUGCGUCUGCAGUGAUGGCGCUGCAGCUGAGAAACGGGGAUGCGGCGUAUUACCAGAGUGCACAUUAUUGCAGGAAUUACACCUCGCCCGCUGUCAGCUACAGCGGCAGCAGCCAUUAUCUGUCCCGUUUGCCAGGACCAGAGGCCAUGUUGAAGCCUGCUCUGAGUCUCUUCAGCCAUGCCCAGCAGCCUUUUGCGCAUCAGCUGGGACCUCCGCCGCCUUUCGUCGCUGCGCCGGUUGUCCCCACCACGGCGAUCGGACCGCCCAACAUAGUGGGCGCCCAGACUCUGGUGCCGCCUCCAAUGACUGCCACUCACACCUUGAGGCCUCUUCCCAUUGCGCCAGUGCAUCGUUUAGGCCCGCCGCCGCCACUGGGGCCUCCUUCCUUGACACACACCUUAGGACUACCAUCUCUGGACCACUCCCAAGCUAUGGUGCCUCCUUCCUUAGAGCUCACGCAACCACUCAGGCCUCCUCUUUUGAACCAUGCACAUGCGAUGGUUCCCCCUGUGCCUGCCGGAGCCAACAGAUUCCCCCCGCCCCCCGGUCCCUUGCCCUCUCCGCUUAUCCCGAACCAGGAACUCUCCCAACUGCCCCUAAGACCCGGGCCUCCCCUGAUCUCAUCGCCGGUGUCGGGUCUUCUUCCAGGUCCGGGACCCCCAGCCAGCGAGCAACCCCGGGAAGAGGCCUCACUUCUGGGCCGGGAGGAGCAGGAGGAUACGCUUGUUCUGGAAGAACUUUGUAAACCAUUGUACUGUAAACUCUGUAAUGUUACUGUCAACUCAGCUCAGCAGGCACAGGCUCACUACCAGGGGAAGAACCACAGUAAGAAAAUGCGGAAUUUCUUGGCUGGUAGUCAGCAGCCGCCAGCCAUCAGGAUCCCCGAAGUCCUUGAGGUAGCCGGGCAGACGAACCUCAUCUCGGGGUCCAAUGACAGCGAUGCCACAAGGCAGGCGCUGUCUAAGGGGCCCAGCCGGGUAAUUUUGGCCACGGAGAAUGACUACUGUAAGCUGUGCGAUGCCUCCUUCAGCUCUCAGUUGGUGGCACAGGCUCACUACCAGGGCAAGAACCAUGCAAAGAAACUUCGGCUGGCCGAGGCUCAGCACAACACCACUAACAUGGACUGCAGUCGUGAUGUAAGCCCGAGAAGGAACAGGAAAGACGGCAAUGAGUACCGAUUGGUAAAAAAUCGCCGGAGCCCACAGCUUCCUACCUCCAUGCAAGGGCCGUACUACAACCCCAGACCGAGGCAGCGGAUCCCCAGGGAUUUAGCCAUGUGUGUGACCCCCAGCGGACAGUUCUACUGCUCCAUGUGCAACUGCGGAGCCGAACAAGAAACGGACUUCCGACAGCAUCUGGAAAGCAAGCAACACAAAGCCAAAGUGUCGGAGCUGAGGUACCGCAACGAGAUGGAGAACUUGGGAUACAGCUAAGGAUCGUGGGAACAGCGUGAGACCCAAGCGGUCAAACGAAAAUAUUUGUUGCGGGCAUUUUAUGGAGGCGUUUGUGUCAACAUGUUGCAACUCUGUUGUUGUGAAAUUAUAGCUUCUCUGGUUUCUUUUUUUUUCUGUCCAACUCAGGAUCCAAUGUAACGUAACGUGAUGUAACACAAUUGGUUGGAUCAAUUGGAAGAACAAAAACAAUGGCGCUGGUCCUAUGAACGGGAUCAAUUCCAAAGCACAACCAAGAUGACGUGUCAGGAACAACAAGCGUGAUGUGUAACAUGAAUCUGGUGGCCUUUGCGGACCUCAAGUGGUCCUUUGGAUCAGGCUUAAGGCUUCACCCGGCUGGCCUUGUUUGUGCCUUCAGUUGUAGGGAAAGUGAAUUCUUACAAAGAAGCUUUGGCCAACCAUCCUGGCAAUGUCGUUGAGAUUACUGACGAGUUUCGAUAUUCUUGCCUGGUUGCUUUCUCUACGAAAAUCAUAUACAAUUAUAUUACAGGCGUAUUUAUAAAGGUUACUUGUAGUGUACAUGUCUUUGAUAUUGGGUUAACAUUUAUGUCUACUCGUACUACUGUAACUAUUUCAAAUCUACAAUUGUCAGGAAUCUAUUGUGCAACAACUACUUUAGAAACUACAGUCAAAACCAACAUUAGUCACAAUUUUUUUGUCUAUGGGAAAAUAUUUGGCAUGAUAUAUCAGAAGAGGCAAAACACUAUGAAAAGUAUUAUUAUGCUUAAUAUAUUGCACCAAAGAUAAAGUUAUAUCCUUGUAUUCCGAGCAGUCUUAGGUUUCAAAUCAUUGCAGUAAAUACAUUUCCAUUGAAAAUACUGUACAUAAAUCCACCAGGUAAAAUUGCCAAGGGAAUGUUUUUUUUUUUGGGUGCCUUUUUUUUCUGCUUUAGGCAGUCAUUUAUUUUUACUUUUCUUUUCAAGGUUUUCUGUAAAGCUCUUGAUAGCAUGCCCUCCCCAUCAGCAGUGAUCACAAGCGCUCGUGCCAUGAGUCUUUGGCGUCUUGCUCAAGGCCAUUCAGAGGAUUCAUGCCAAGCAAACAUCCAAGCUGCCUCAUCCAUCAUCGGUUUUCAUCACCCCAUGUAAAUAUUGGCCGGCAGACACGAUAGCCGCCAUCUCUGAGUGUAACUUAGCAGAACUGUUUCAUCAUACAGAGCAUGAAUACACACUCGAUUUGUCGUAAGAGGGACAAUAUUGGCAAUCGAGUAUGGCCAAAGUGUUGCCGUCUUUUGAGACUGCAGCAUGUGAGUCGGAUCGGAGUGCAACUGUCGGGAGCAUUUUAUAUAUCAAGGACACCGCAUGGAGUGGCUCAAAAAACAUUAGGGCACAGAAGAUUUUUUUUCUCCAUGUUUUACGACUCCUACUUACUUUGCAUGAGCCUGAAAGUGUCAUUCGGGAGUCACCAACCUUUUUCAAAAUUUGUAACAGAUUGAUAGAGUACAACUGCAAUGAUUUUAUGGCCCAAUGACAAGAAAUUGUAAAUUGUUUUCAAUUAGUAACAUGAUUUGUUUUUAAUAUAAUAAAUGAAUCAUAAU